AGGGCCCAACAUCUGUACCACACGAGGCGUGAACUCCUGCCAGCAAUGUCUGGCUGUGAGUCCCAUGUGUGCCUGGUGCUCGGACGAGGUCCUGCCUCUAGGCUCAGCCCGCUGCGACCUGAAGGAGAAUCUACUGAAGGAGAAGUGUGCCCUGGAGUCCAUCGAGUUCCCGGUCAGUGAGGCCAGGAUCCUAGAGGCCAGGCCUCUGAGCGACAAGGGCUCUGGAGACGGCUCCCAGGUUGUUCAAGUCAGUCCCCAGAGGAUUGCUCUACGGUUACGGCCAGAUGAUUCGAAGAGUUUCUCCGUCCAAGUCCGGCAGGUGGAGGACUACCCUGUGGAUAUCUACUACUUGAUGGACCUGUCUUACUCCAUGAAAGACGACCUGUCCAGCAUCCAGAACUUGGGUACUAAGCUGGCUUCCCAGAUGCGCAAGCUCACCAGUAACCUAAGGAUUGGCUUCGGGGCCUUCGUGGACAAGCCUGUAUCUCCAUACAUGUACAUCUCCCCACCAGCUGCACUCAAAAAUCCCUGCUAUGAUAUGAAGACCACCUGUUUGCCCAUGUUUGGCUAUAAACAUGUGCUGACGCUAACGGACCAGGUGACCCGUUUCAAUGAGGAAGUGAAGAAGCAGAGUGUGUCCCGGAACCGAGAUGCCCCAGAGGGUGGCUUUGAUGCCAUCAUGCAGGCUACAGUCUGUGACGAGAAGAUUGGCUGGCGGAGUGACGCCUCCCACCUGCUGGUGUUCACCACUGAUGCCAAGACUCACAUAGCACUGGACGGCAGGCUGGCGGGCAUCGUCAGGCCCAACGAUGGGCAGUGCCACGUUGGCCGUGACAAUCACUACUCUGCCUCCACGACCAUGGAUUAUCCAUCUCUGGGGCUGAUGACUGAGAAGCUAUCCCAGAAAAACAUCAAUUUGAUCUUUGCAGUGACUGAAAGGGUGGUCAAGCUCUACCAGAACUACAGUGAACUCAUCCCAGGCACCACAGUGGGGGUCCUGUCUGCUGAUUCCAGCAACGUUCUCCAGCUCAUCGUGGAUGCUUAUGGGAAAAUCCGCUCUAAAGUGGAGCUGGAAGUGCGCGACCUGCCAGAGGAGCUGUCCCUGUCCUUCAACGCCACUUGCCUCAACAACGAAGUCAUCCCUGGCCUCAAGUCCUGUGUCGGACUCAAGAUCGGCGACACGGUGAGCUUCAGCAUCGAGGCCAAGGUGCGGGGCUGCCCCCAGGAGAAGGAGAAAUCCUUCACCGUUAAGCCCGUGGGCUUCAAGGACAGUCUCACCGUCCAGGUGACCUUUGACUGUGACUGCGCCUGCCAGGCCGAGGCAGAACCUUUCAGCAGCCGCUGCAACAACGGCAAUGGGACCUUCGAGUGUGGGAUGUGCCGCUGCGGGCCUGGCUGGCUGGGGUCCCAGUGUGAGUGCUCAGAAGAGGACUACCGGCCUUCGCAACAGGACGAGUGCAGCCCCCGUGAGGGCCAGCCCAUCUGCAGCCAGCGGGGCGAGUGCCUUUGUGGCCAGUGUGUCUGCCACAGCAGCGACUUUGGCAAGAUCACGGGCAAGUACUGUGAGUGUGAUGACUUCUCCUGCGUCCGCUACAAGGGGGAGAUGUGCUCUGGCCAUGGCCAGUGCAGCUGUGGGGACUGCCUGUGUGACUCCGACUGGACUGGCUACUACUGCAACUGCACCACACGCACCGACACCUGCAUGUCCAGCAACGGCCUGCUGUGCAGUGGCCGUGGCAAGUGUGAGUGCGGCAGCUGCGUCUGCAUCCAGCCCGGCUCCUACGGGGACACCUGUGAGAAGUGUCCCACCUGCCCUGAUGCCUGCACCUUUAAGAAGGAGUGUGUGGAGUGUAAGAAGUUUGGCCGAGGAGCCCUCCAUGAGGAAAACACCUGCAGCCGCUACUGCCGCGAUGAGAUCCAGCAGGUGAAGGAGCUCGGGGACACGGGCAAGGAUGCAGUGAACUGCACCUACAAGAAUGAGGAUGACUGUGUGGUCAGGUUCCAGUAUUAUGAAGACGCCAGUGGAAAGUCCAUCCUGUAUGUGGUUGAAGAGCCGGAGUGUCCCAAGGGUGCUGACAUCCUGGUGGUCCUGCUUUCCGUCAUGGGGGCCAUUCUGCUCAUCGGCCUUGCUGCUCUGCUCAUCUGGAAGCUCCUCAUCACCAUCCAUGACCGGAAGGAGUUUGCUAAAUUUGAGGAAGAGCGAGCCAGAGCAAAAUGGGACACAGCCAACAACCCACUGUAUAAGGAGGCCACCUCCACCUUCACCAACAUCACCUACCGGGGCACUUAGUGACCAGCCGCCUCCUUCACAUCACUGUCAGACUGUCCCAGGCCUGUGGCGCCUCUGUCUCCAUGCUUCCAGGGACGCUCCACGGGGCAGGACUGGGGUUCGGCGUGGGGUGGUUUGGGAGAAGGUCAGCAGGUGGGAGUGUAGGUCUCUGUGCCUGUGUGCAUGUGGGGAGAGUGUAACUUAAGACUUGUGGUGUAUUCCAGAUAGUCCGAGCUCCUCAGUCUUCGUCCUCAGAACACCUCCUUCAGGGAUUCUUCCUGCCUAACCCAAGGGUGGCCUACAAAGCUAAGUAGCUGUUCUUUGUUACCUCAGUGCGACGUCAGCUUUCCUUCUUGGGCCGUUCUCCCUGAAGAGAAAGGCAGGGCUAAGGUCUCUCAUUCCAGAGGAAUGAACAGCAAACUUUGACUCUACCUGAGAUUUUGGUCUGCGGUCCUGACUCUCAGUGGCUAUGGUGGGAACUGCUGGGCCUUGCAGCCUUGUCUCACCUGCACCUCCAGCUCUAUCCACUUCCCUCAAGCUGAAGGAGCUGGAAGAGAGCAGUACAGCCAGAGCUGCCUGUGCCUUUAACCAUCAACCACCACCUCAAUCUCUCCGAAGGGGAGUUCUUGCUACCUAAUUCUUCAGUCCUUUGGGUGAGGAGGGCAGGCCCCCCUCUGGGGUCAUGUAUGCCAGGGUCCCCAAUUCAUGAUCAGAGUCCUUCAGAUUUGCCCUCAUCAGCAGUUCUAAUCUCAAGGUGUGUAACCACCUCUUUACCUCCAACGAGCACACUCACUGCUGUAGACAGUUGCUACCUGGGAGAAUGCUAUGGUUAGAACCAGAGGUCACCCCCUUCUCACCCCAACCCCUUCAGGUAUUCUGCUCCUUGUCUACAGCACCUCACAUGCCCAACCCUGGGUUUAUGUGCUACAUCCAUCCAUGGGGCUAAUUGCAUUUAUCUACCUCCUGGGUGUUUUGUGAAGGAAUCUGAAUCUGAAUCCUAGGUCUCUGCUGGACUUAAGUCCAGGGUGAAAUGACGGGCUAGUUGUAUCAGCGUGUGUGGCCUAUUCUGUGACUGGGCAACCUCAUUUUAACUCAGUCUUUAAUCUGUGAGGCCACAAGUGCAGUUUUACUUACUUUUUCUCAUGGGACACCUGAAACCACAAUGAGGCUAGCUUAAUCUAUAGGAACAUGUAUGUCAACACUUGCAUUAUAUUUGUGAUUUUAUUUGCUGAGGAGGAAGGAGAAUAUAAAAAAAUCACAGGCUUGAUCAGAACAGAGACACACCCUUUGGCAUCAUUCAUAGUAAGUCAAUGCCCAGUAGCUGGGUCUAUACAGCUCUCUCAUCCUGAAUAUCCAUGGGGAUGAUGGUCCUGUCCGUCCAAGGAAGAAAGGAAAGACCAGUAAACAGAAAAUAUAAGUCCUGGCCACAAUAUUGCAACCAAGGAAUCUUUGAUCAUAAUUAAGACUGUUCACUUCCUUCUCUGGGACUCAAUUUUUUAGUGAUGGAUUUGCUCCAGAGAGUCUAGAUCUCUUGCAGUGUUAACAUCCUAAGCUGCUGGGACUUACUAUGGCAUCAACCCUGCAGAUUUUGUGAGAUGUUGAAACUGUUAUUUCAGUUGGAAGAACAUGAGAGACUGAGCAUUGGCAAGAGAUAUCAUUCCAUAUUACCUUUCUCAAUAAACCAGCCUGAUUCUGUCCCCUCUAAGAACCCCUUCUCCAACUUUUGUUAGCAGUAACAUCUCCACUGAAUUGUUAUUGCUAAGUUCACUUUGCAUACUUUUGUAUUCAUGUAUUAAAUGAGGAGGAGUCCAGAAGUAGAUGAAAGGUGUAUUCUAUGUCUACAUUCUGUGUCUCAGUUAAUACUUAGAAUUGGGAAUAGAGCAAAUGACUGAGACCUGUCUCAUUUAUGGAUUAUUACUUGUAGAGGGUGGUAAGGUGUUACACAGAUUAAUGGGGAAGUGAUGAGCACAGGUCCAAGAGGUUUAGAACUUGGCUAUAACCUUUAGCUGUGGAGCCAAGAGUACAUGUGAGUGGUGGUUGGACAUUUUUUUGAGAUGUUUUAUAUAAAGAAACUACAUGAGAAGUGGAAGAACAUGUAUCCCAAGGAUGAAAAACAUCAGUAGGAACCUUGCCUACGCUUCUGGAAUAAGGCUCAUGGCCUUGAAGACCAGUACUAUUUAUUUAUAUGCGGGAAGAGCUCAGAAUUGUGUUCAUGAGAUAGCAAAGUAGCAGUCAGUUCUGGCAUCAUGUAGGGUGAACAUCUAAGCAGUAUUUUAGCAUCUGACAAUACUGCCCAAAGAAGGUGUCUGUGCCCAUCUGCUCUGGAAGUAAUUUAUUUUCAAUCUCAGGGUCCGUGGACAAUAAUGCCAAACUUUGAACAUUCCUGACAAGUUGUCACAUAAGGAGUCUGUCCUUUACCUCUCUGAUGCUUCUAGAUGAUCCAUGAUUUCACGAUACUUCUCUUAAGUAUUUGUGGCUGAAAUUACUUAAGUGUCUUCCUGACUUCCUAACCAUUCCUGUGUUUGAGUUGUGCAACAGUGAAUUAAAAAUGCUUUC